AUGGGUCAACCAGCGCGAAUAUCAGCGCGACCGUCUCAGCUCAAACCUAGCAGCAAGAAACGCACGCAUCUCUGGCUCCUCCUCAUCCCGCUCCUCUGCUUCUUAUCCAUAUCCACCCCAAGGCUCGGGCUCGUGGGGCUCGGGGAAGAAACGCAACGCAGCUCACACCCAUCCCCGGAACCCGCAUUCCCAGACCUGCCCCGGCACUGCGCCGCCAUCCCCGCCAUCUCCCCCUCCACCUUCGAAGCGCGGCGCAACACCCUCGCAAAGCGCCUCCGCCAGCUAGGCGCGGCGGCGUAUAUCGCGGAACCGAGCUCGUCUGCGGCGUACUACUUUAAUGUCUCCGAUGCACACUGGAGGCUGAGCGAGAGGCCGUUGUUGUUCGUCGUUACCUCUUCUGUGUCAGCAACUGCGGACAGGGACGGGGACAUCUCGGCGAAUGUGUCGAUCUUGACUCCCAAAUUCGAGGCGACGCGCGCAAAGUUGCUCCCUCUUUCCCCGUCUGCGUACAUCCAGUGGGCCGAGGAGCAAGAUCCCUUCGCAGUUCUCUUCGACGCGCUCCGCCUUCCAUCGAAUUCAACGGUAUUCAUAGAUGGAAACGCCCGUUUAUUCGUCGCGGAUGGCCUCCAGCGCGCCCUGCCUCACGGUCGAGUGCAGAACGCACCACCGCAGGUUGUCGAAAUCCGGGAGCGCAAGACAUCCGAGGAGAUCAAUAUCCUCAAAUGCGCGAACGAAGCGACCUUACUCGCUAUACGCGCCACGCACAAGCGCAUGCGCAUCGGGAUGCACGAAUCCGAUGCGCGGGAGCUGGUCGCGGGGGCUCUGGCUGCUGUUGGACUGGAACGCGCUGGGUGUCUGACGUUGUUCGGAGAAAAUGCGGCGCUCCCCCAUGGCUCGGGCACGAACCGCGUCCUCCAAAAAGAAGACUUCGCCCUCUUCGACUGCACGGGUCAGCUGCACGGAUACUGGAGUGAUGUCACUCGGACCGUCGCCCUCCCAGACUCCUCCAUCCCCGACGACCACCUCGAGAUCUGGCACCACGUCCACGCCGCGCAGUCCCUCGCCCGCGUCGCCACCUACCCCGGCGCCCUAACGAACCACCCCGACAUCGUCGCGCGUGCGCGGCUCAUGCUCGACGGGUACGCACCGUAUUUCACACAUAGGUUGGGCCAUGGAAUCGGCCUCGACGUCCACGAAUCGCCCUACCUCCGCGGCGUCCCCGCAGCCCAGGCGACGCUCAUCCAGACGGGACACACGUUCUCCGACGAGCCGGGCGUGUAUAUCGAAGGCAAGGUCGGCGUGCGGUUGGAAGAUUGCAUGGUUGUGGAGGAGGGCGCGCCCUACGCGACGUUCCUGACCGCGGGCGUGGGGGGCGCUGCUCUGAGCCCAUGGGAGCCGUAA